CUAGACGGUCAACUCAACAGAGAGAGCCCCAUAAACCCUAGACUUAUCUUCUUCCUUCGCCCUCUUCGCGCGGUGUUUUCUUCGAGGGGGGCUCUUCGCCCUCUCUCUACCACUUCCUCCGCUGCUUCCGUCCUUGCAUCUCUUCAAUCUCCACUUGAUUCCGGUCUAAUUUCGAGAUCAGUAGUUCGUUCAUCAUUCCUUGUUUGUUUGAGGGAUGCUGCUUUUCUGAUGGUCUUGGUUGCUUUUAAAGAUUAAUUAUCUAGCUUUCUCCUAGUAUCAGAUUUCUUGACAUUUCUUGGUUCAAAAUGAUUGCCACUGAAACCAUCGUACCAAGUAAAAAGCUGAAAAUUAAAUUUUCUGGAAAACGAGUUGAAGAUCAUCCAGGUCCACAAUCGUGCGACUUUGGGAAGCUUGUUGGACAGAAGUUGUCAUUUACUGGAAGGAAUGGGUUGAAUGUGGAUAGUGCAUUCAAGUAUUCAUUGAAUGCUUUCAGUACUGGUAAGACCCUUGCUGCUACCUGUUGCAAGUCAAAAUCUUCUAUCCCACUCAAUGUUAAGCGUAAAGCAACUCAGGAUAUAGAAUCUCCAAGAGAGAAGAAGCAGAAGUUGGACCGGAGCACAACACAACAAUGCUCUUCGAUUUUAAAAACGCUGAUGUCCCAUCCAUGUGGUUGGGUUUUCAACAAGCCUGUGGAUCCUGUGUUAUUGAAAAUUCCUGACUACUUCUCAAUCAUCACUGAUCCUAUGGAUUUAGGAACUGUCAAAUCCAAACUAGGGGGAAAUAUGUAUCGGGCAAGUGAAGAAUUUGCAGCUGACAUUAGGUUGACAUUUUCGAAUGCCAUGCUUUACAAUCCUCCUGAUAACAGUGUUCAUAAGAUGGCCAAGGAACUUAACGAAGUUUUUGAGAAGAGAUGGGAACAGAUAAAGGAAAAAUGGGUUAGUGGAAAAUCAAAUCUUCAUCGUGAAAAACUUCCAAAUGGACCAGCAGGAGAAAAGGUUUCCAGAACUCCAUCUUCUCACAAUAUUUUAUCGCAUAAGAAGUCAAUAUUAUCUGAAAAGAGUUUCACCAAGCCGUCUUCAAAUUCAAAUGGUGCUGAGGUUGAUCGUGCUAAAACACUUCCAACUUGUGCGCCCAAGCCUCCCAGGAAGAACUUCCAUAAAGGCACAGAAACUGGCAGUAAACAUGGUUGUAGCUCCUUUGAUAAACAAACUUCGAGACAGGUUGUCAGUAAGUGUACAAGAUGUGGUAGCAUUCCAUGUCAGUGCUGCUCUUCUUUGGAUUUUGGCCAUGCAUCUUCUGGUGAUCAAUCUAAUGAGAGCUUAUUGCCAAGAGAAAAUCCAGAUGUCGGUGGUCCCUGUCCCUGCAAACCAGAUUCUCAAACAAGGAGCUUGUCAGCUUCCCAGACGUCCAAGUCAGAUCCAGAUUCUGAUGGGAUUAGAAGUAUUUUGGAGGAUGAAAGCAAACCUCCCUGUGAUCAGUCUUUUACCCUAAUGGCAAAUGUUACUCUCGAGGAAGAGAGUUCUACCCCAAUUUUUGAUGUUCAGCUUUCACCAAAGAAGGCUCUCCGUGCUGCAAUGCUUAAGAGUCGCUUUGCUGAAACCAUUUUGAAAGCUCAACAGAAGACACUUCUUGAUCUUGGUGAUAAAGUUGAUCAACUCAAGAUGCAACAGGAGAAAGAGAGGUUAGAAAAGAGGCAGCGUGAAGAGAGAGCUCGUCUAGAAGCACAAAUAAAGGCUGCUGACAUGGCCUUGCGACUAAAAGCAGAGGCUGAAAAGAAACAGCAACGAGACAGAGAAAGAGAAGCCUCUCGUAUGGCUGUUCAGAAGAUUAAAAGGACUGUUGAACUGGACCGUAAUCUAGAAAUUCUAGAGGAGCUGGAGAAGCUCUGUGGAGGAGUCCUCUUCAUCCAACAUCACCGUGGUAUCGCAUCUGCAAUGGUGAAGAGGUCAUUUGACAAGGUUCAGUUUCAGAACCCUUUAGAACGACUCGGUUUGUUUAUCAAGGAUGAAUACCUGGAAGACGAAGAUGACGAAAUGAUCUGUGGGGAGGAGGUAGAGAUUUUUUCCAGAAGUUAAAGACUUCCAUCUAUGUUUAUUAAGGGGAGUGAAUUUGACUGCUUGACCAUUUGCCGUUUGGUGCAUGGGAAGCAAUAUUUGUAAAUGGUAUUCAAUAUUUUGUUGGAGUUAGGAUUUAGGACCUUUCGAGUUCUCUAACUGAAGUAAGUAGUGUUGUAUAGCCCGAAGUUUAUGAAUGGGAAGCAGAAAAAUGACAAGGAUACCUCAAAAAGAAAAAAAAAAGAUGGAAAAAUUAAAAUUAAGUGAAUAAACAUGUUAGAUGCUGCAGCUGUCUAUUUCUCUUUUUUUGGGUUCUGUUAUGAUUCUGGUUUAAAUGUAAGUGGUAGGUGAAAUUACAAUUUUUGUC